CCGCGGCCGCGGCGCGACGCGACAGAACGCGUGUUCGGGGGAUCGGUGUGUGCAGCGUGUGCAAGGCCGCUAGCGGCGACUAGCGCGGAACCGACCGGGCGAGCAAUCGACGCCGGAGUCGGCGCAGCGAUGCGUUAGUUUCGCGCGCGUACGAUGUCCGGCGAUAUCGCUCGAUUGGAACACGAGCCAGCCGCGUCCGACCCGCUAGUCGCUGGGGACGCUGUCUCCACGUUACAAGAGGAUUCGUUCAGUGUUGCUCUUCGAAGAGGAGAUGGAGGACCGAGUCUGCGGCAGUGCCCCUUGGAGUUUGGUAGCAAGCAGACCGCGGAGAGCGUUGCCCAGGAUGCCGUCGACCAAACAGGAUUUGGCAAGUUUAACCUUAAGGUUAUGGCCGUCUGCAGUCUGAUUUUCAUGAAUGUGGCGUUCAGUAUUACCAGUAUUGGUUUCAUAUUGCCAUCCGCAGCAUGCGACUUCCAGAUGACCACGGUUGACAAGGGCCGUCUGAGCGCCGCUCCCAUGUUAGGUAUGCUGGCUGGAUCGUACAUCUGGGGCUGCUACGCGGCGAUAAAAGGCCGGAGGAUGUCUCUAUUGGUCGCGCUGACACUCCACGGUGCCUCGGAAUUAUUGGCGUCCGUGGUGCCUCUCUACUGGGUCUUCCUGUUUCUAAAAUUCCUGAGCGGCGCAGCAAUGAACGGACAGUCGGCCGUGGUGUUCCUGUAUCUCGGAGAAUUCCAGCCGACCAAGUACCGCGACAAGAUGCUGUCGUGGAUGGAAAUGGCGUGGGUGAUGGGAAUGAUCAUUCUGGCAGGUGUCGGUUGGAUCAUCAUUCCGUUGGAGGUAAAUAUUAAGAUCGGCAGCGUGGUCUUCCAUUCGUGGAAUCUUUUCGUGUUCAUCUGUUCCCUGCCAGCGAUAUUCACCGGCACCUGGCUGCUGUUUUUCCCGGAGACGCCGAAAUACCUGGCGGAAACCGGGCAGAACGUGCAAAUGCUGGACGUACUGAUGAGGAUGUACUCGGAGAACAGCGGACAGCCUCCCAAGGAGUACAUAACGAAGCUUCGUAACAGCGGCAACAACAACCUGAACGACCUGGUGCAUCGAAUAAUGCACAUGAAGGAGUUGAAGGAAGAAUCGCCGGAGAAGUCCUUCCAGCUGAUGAUAAAGGACAUCUGGAUGAAGACAGUGAUGAUCCUGAAGCCGCCGUUCCUCUGCCGGACGAUCGUGGUCUGCUUGAUCGCCUGUUUCGUCACGUCCGCGUAUUACACGCUAACUCUGUGGCUGCCGGAGCUGUUCCACAGGUACGCGGACUUCCAGGAGUCCUAUCCGAACCAGACAGCCAGCGUGUGCACGCUGAACAGCAUAAGGAACGUCACGGUAGCGGUGCCAACGGAUGAUCCGUUCGGUUGUGAAUCGAGAGUACAAACUAGCGUCUUCAUCCACACGUUCAUCCUGGGUGCCUCUUGCAUCCCCACGGGCCUAAUUUUGCCGAUGCUCGUCAAUUACGUAGGAUACAAAUUCUUCCUUGUGAUAACAGCGUUCAUACCUGCUGUGGUGACGGCCUGUCUCUUCUUGGUGCAGACGUCCAUUCAGAACCUGGUGCUCUCGUGCGCCUACGAGUCCGUCACUUCCGUCUGCCUGAGCGUCGUCUAUUGCGUCUUGGUAGAUCUCUAUCCGACGCACUUAAGAGCGAUAGCGGCUGGUCUGUCCGCCUUCAUUAGUCGAAUAGGUGCCAUAAGCGGAACCCUGAUGAUCGGCUACUUGAUCGACGAUUACUGCAUGCUAGUGAUCCUCAUAGUAGCGGCUCAGCUCUUCCUGAGCGGUAUACUAGCCCUCUUCACGCCUGGCAGGAAGAAACCGCCGAAGAGUCCGGACGUCGAGAAGUCUUAAUGGAAUCGAAUCACCGAUCGCCAUCGAUGGAAGCUUCCGGAGAAAACGGAAGCUUUCUGUACCGUUACUAGCGUAUUACAGACACUAAAAGCGUCGUAUCUCGAAACGACGCGAAUGCAUUUCAUUUAGAAAAGGAACGGUGCGCCGAGGCUCGACAUUUUGGGAUCGUUUGACUCUGAUCUUUCCUCUACAAGCGGCCCCAGAGUUUCGAGCUGCGUGUAGUUAGCUGUGCUGCGAUUAAUCUCGCGCGAGAGAGGUGAAUUGCGCUUUCCUCUGUUCGGAUGUUGAAGAAGGAUUCAAGUGUUACUUAAAAAACAACGAGAUUUGCAUGUGCUUUAAGAACGAAGAUUCGUUAAUGAUUAAUCCAAGCCGUAGGUCAUAUUAUUGUAUCGAGUGAUCAACGGUCGCGUGACUUCUGACAGAGAAAAAUCUGUAGCACGUCCGCCAAUGAGAAUGAUCGAUGGCCGUUGCGCACGUGGCUCUAUGGGUCCGGGUCACGUGACGAGCCCUAGCUUCGCCCACUCGUCGUGCUAUUGGCUGUAGAUAAAAAGUGGGAGGGAACUAUUCGCUCGACGAUAAAUGUUCAAACAUCGCGCGCAACGCUCGAAGUAAUCGGAGAAACUGCUUAAACCGAGACGUUUAAAUAUCAGUUAUACAAAAAUACCACACGUACUUACCGAGCAUUUCGAAGCAAGGGAAAUUAAGAGGUACUUAACGGACCGUGUUGCUUAAAAUUCGCUUGUUCCUCUGAUUGUUUCGAGCAGUGGAGAGUUCUCGUGUUUGACAGUGUUGACGUAGUACGACGAAUAGAAGAGUACGAAGAGAACGAGCGUGAUUAAUCAAUGGAAUCUCUUCGACAAGAGCUUCACUGUUGCUUAAGAGCGCGGUCUGGUGCUGCGCGUCUCGUCGCUGAAUGAACGUUCGCUCCCGUAAACGCACGAAGAGGACGAACCACUUGCAAAAUACUCAAGAAGAGACGAGUUUGAUUCAGUAUUCGCUCCUUCGAGUUCGGCUGGAAACUUUGGGAAAAUGAAGGAAGAACUGCUGCUCGGAAAUAUUUGAUCGUUCGCGUCUUACAGUAUUCAAAGGGAAACGUAAUUUACGGAAUUUACUAGAAUCUUUCGCCGUUUUCUCUAAAAAUAUUCUAUGAAACUUGCAAUUAUCGUAAUCUUCCCUUCGAAUUCUUCAAAUUCUAUAGGAAGUCUAAGAGCGCGGCUAAGAUCUCAAUUGACUUAUGAUUCAGUUUUCUAUUAGAUCAGUUUCUUUAGUAAUUUCUCAGAGAAGUAUCUAUCUGUUAAUUGGGAAAGAAGAAUUCAGGAAUGAGCCUUCUCUGUAUGAAGGAAUUCGGUCCGAUCGAAUAUCGUUGAAAGCAGCAGCGCGCGCGUCGCCAUCCGUGUAUCUCGUUAAACGUAAUUUUCGAUUGUUUAUUGUAAUCAACGACUCGCCUUGACAGAUAUAUUAGCAGCUAAGUACUUCUCGUCGAUGAUAGCAGAUAGUGAUCAACGUGACCGAAUCACACAGGUGCCUUCUUCUCGCGUAAACGCGUGCCUGUACUUAAAUCACGCGAGAAACGACUGCUCAAACGCAACAAAGAAUUCAAGUGAAUUUGCAAAAAGCACAUCGACACGCAACAACGAGCUAGAUUACUAUCGCCGAGAUCGACGGUCGCGUGUCCGCGACGCGAGGCGUCCGUGCGUUAUAAUAUACUUUAUUUUUUCUAUA